AUGAAUGUAGUAAAACAGGAGUUAUGCCAGCGUAGGCAUCAAGAGGUGGUCCAGGAGCAGGUUCAGGUGGAUGAACGUCCAGAGGGAGCUCAGCAACUGUGCUCACCAGUACAGCUGGGACAAGGAGGAGACAAUCUCUCAGCAGCACAGCCGCUGCCCCCUGAUCAGCAGCCCCAGAGAGGGGACAAUGCCCAUGUGCGGCUGCAGACAGCAGGAGGAGGCAUGGCCCCAAACAUGGGACCACAACAAAUGGACCAGGGGUGGGAGGCCCCAGAGGUGACAGUGCAGGUGCGGCCUCAGAAGCUGGACCAGGGAUGGGAGUCCCCAGAGGUGACAGUGCAGGUGCGGCCUCAGAAGCCAAGCCCAAGAUGGGAGGCUCCAUCGGUGACCGUGCAGGUGCAGUUACAGCAGCAGAGCCGAAGCCCAGCUCUCCCACAAGUAACCGUACAGGUACAGCCACAGGAGCGAGCACAAGGUGUGGUUGGCAUCAAAGUCACUGUGCAACUGCAGUUGGGCCAUGACCCAGAAGAAGUAACCUGCCUCCAGGACCAAGGUGAGGAAGUGUUAGGGGAUGGAGAGCAGUUGACCCCAAAACAAAAUCAGGGAGAGCCAAUGCCAAGGUCUGAAGGUGAGGGAGAACUGGCUGUGGUGGAGCUGGUGCCACAGGGGGCUCUGAGCCAAAAACAGGAUGAAGGAGAGGUGACAAAACUGCAGCAGGACCAGAGCCAAGAAGAGGGAAGAGUGGAAGUGGUGGAGCUGCAGGAGAUGCUGGUUGGAAACAAAGUAGACCUGGAGAGGAUGGUGACAGAGGAGCAGCUGCAGGACCAGAGCCAAGAGCAGGAACAGCUAAAAGCAGACCUGUCCCCACAAAAGGAAGGUCAAAGAGCUACAGAGAUGAGGCAGGAGCAAGACAAUGCCCAAGAAGGGCCCAAGGGGAUGGUGGAAGAUCAGAAGGAAGACAUGGGGCAAGAAAUGUCUAAGAAACGUCCACGAGAGACUCCAAAUUAUUUUGUUGCUAUUCCAAUAACAGAUGAUCAGAUUUUGGACAGAAUUGAAGAUGUCCAAGAGCUCAUAUUCACUAAAGAACCUGACCUGUUGAGAGCUCUUCUUCCUGUUCAAACUAUGCACCUUACUAUAAUAGUAGCUCACCUGGGAACAGAAGAAGAAGUAAAAAAGGCUGUUCUGGCACUGAAGCAAAGCAAGACUAAAGUGGAAGCCAUCUUGCAGGGUAAAGACCUUAAUAUGACAUUUCAUGGGAUUGGACAGUUUAACAAUCAAGUGAUAUAUGUGAAAAUGUCAGAGGAAGACCAGAAAAUGCUGAGCAGAGUUGCAGAAGCUGUGGAAGAAUGUUUUGUUGAAAUGAAUCUUGACAUUUCAGGGAGCAAGGAUUUCAAGCCACAUCUUACUUUCCUAAAGCUCUCCAAAGCACCGAAGUUGAAAAGAAGGGUAAGUAACUAGGGCUUCAGAAAAAUUUGUUCAGAUCUGUAUAAAGAAUAUGAAGACAGUUACUUUGGCACAGAGGUCUUCAGUCAAAUUGAUCUGUGUGCCAUGCGUAAGAAGAAGCAGGAAUCUGGUUACUAUUACUGCGAAUGUUCCAUUAAUGUGGGCUCCAGCAGUACAGAAGAGAGUAAAGAGCAAGAAAUGCAGACAGAAGAUGUGGGAGAAACAACCAGUGAAGACCUUCCAAAUAGUGUUGCAAAGGCUGAAAUGGGAGCAACUGCUGCAAGCUGUGAGCUUGCCUCGUGUUUAAUACUAGUUGAUGAUAAACCACCUGAAAAUAUUGCUGAGGCUUCAAUUGCAAGCAAAGAAAAAGAAGCUGAUGAAGUGAAGGGGUAG